CAACCAAAUAUGGUAGGGGCGUGUAACAGGAAGCAUGGCAGCAGUAUAUCUUCAGCAGCGCGGUUUUAUUGCCUCCAUUUCCUCAUUAUGAGUCGCAGAGAGAGAUCUCGUCAGGCGAAGAGUCCUGACUCAACACAAUGCUCAGACUCUACAAAGGAGAGGCGGGAAACCAUCAGGAGGAAAAAGAAAGAGGAUCCUCUGAAACCGAACCAUGCCGAAGAGAAGCCGUCUGUGAAGGAAACCACUAAAGAAAAGGGCAAACAUUUGAUGAGGGAGCAUAGCAGAGAACAACAAGUGCCUCCAGAGACGACUAAAACCAAAACCUAUUCCAGCAGGUCCAAGUCAGUGAAAACACCUCCUUUGAAUGGAGACCUGGAAUCACCUUCUUUGCAUAGACAGCUGGGAUCACAAUCUACAACAAUGAGAGCAGAGACAGCAAAGCCUUCUUUCAAAGCCCCUAAACCUAAAGCUGGUGGUAAGGCAGAGGCCCAAACAGACUGUAUCAAGGCUCCGGGAAAGAUGGAAGGUGCACAACUAGAGAGACCUUCAGGGAGGAAAAAAGAAACAGCUGCUGAAAAGUCCUACGAUGCAGCAGAUGCUGACAAAAUAAAGCCAAAAAUGCUGAAGGCAAGAUCAGAUUCAAUGGACCCUGUCCUACAGUCUACUUUAGAAAAACUGAAGAUUAGGAGAAAAGACAAAUCAGAUACAAGUAAAGUUGUGAAUGAUUUUAUAGAAAACCUAAUUAAGCAUUUAAAAAAGAAAACCAUAUAUUUUAAAGAAGUAGAUAAACCGCUGCCCACAGGAAGUUAUUAUGAAAACCUUAAGAUCUCGGAUCCUGACGAGUUUGACAUUAUGAUUCCAAUGCCGGUUGAUCGAGUUCAGAUCAAACCAUUUGGGGAAAACGGAGCCUUCUAUAGCGUGGCAUUAAAACGUGGCAAUAGCCCUUUAAUGAAAUUCCAGCAGAAUGACAUUUUAUCUGCGAGCGAAAUGCUUCAAGAGUUCAGAAACGAAGUGAAGAAAUUUGCCAAGGGAUUUUCAGCAUGGACGAUUGAGGACAAAAAAGGAGGCUGUCCUGCAGUGACCUUGACCCAUACAGGGGACUCAGUCACCAUUUCCCUUGAUGUUGUUCUCUGUCUCAAAGUGAAAUCGAGCUGGCCAUCUUUCACCAGCAAUGGUUUGAACAUUGACCAGUGGCUUGGGACUAAAGUGAAACAGGAGUACAAAAGGAAACCUUACUACCUUGUGCCAAAAUACGAAGGUAGAGGCAACAUGGAAAACGAUGGCGUUCUUAACAAAGACAUCUGGAGGGUUUCAUUUUCUCACAUCGAGAAGGAUAUUAUAAAGAAACAUGGAUCGGAGAAGACAUGCUGUGAAACAUGGGGAGCAAGAUGCUGCAGAAAAGACUGCCUGAAGCUCCUCAAGCAUCUCCUGCAUCUGCUGAAGGAAAACAACUCCUCAUUUGCCAAGUUCUGCUCCUACCAUGCCAAGACGACGCUCCUCCACGCCUGCUGCAGCAGAACCAGAGACAGCGAAUGGGCGGCGUCAGAUCUCAAUCGGUGCUUCGACCUGCUCCUACAGGACUUCGAAAGCCACCUGAGACGUGGCCAACUCUACAACUUCUUCAUCCCCAGUCAGAACCUUCUCUCUGGUCUGGCGAAAACCCCCUGUAAGAAUUUGGCAGACUGCGUCAAGGAGCAACGAGAAAAGGGCUUCCCCAUCUUUGUGAAUGAUCUUCCAAAUCCAUAAUAAGCCUUAGAUCGGAGAAUUCUGAUGCCAAGCUCAACGUUCAUGUCAAACCAAUCUCACUGAUGUGAGAGAGAUUUUACAGGGUUUUUUCCCCUGUACAAACUGUAAAUUCUAAAAAAAAAAAAUUUUAUUAAAUAUUUAAAGAAAUGGAGUUGGAUCUAUUGUUUCCACUAAUU